AUGAAGACCUUCCUGGCCAAGAAGAGAAACACCAUGACCCGCGAUGCGUCCCCCUCGCCGGACAUCGGUGACUCGGCAUCCGUCCACGACAUGAUCGGCUCCGCUUCGGAGACCACCCCCUCGCCGCAGACGUCCACAAGUCCCGUGGGCCCUGGCGGGGAUUCGGUGCCCACCCGGCCUGCGCGGUCUCACACCACCAGUCCCGCGAAUGCGACCGAGCCGAUCGAUUCGGCGCGACUGCGCUCGGCCAGUGCCAAUCCCCGGCUAAGUGCAAUCUCCCGCCGGGGGGACGACCCGGCCGGCGUCUCGUCGAGCGAGUCAUCCUCCGCCUCGCCGAGCGAGUCGUCUGCUCCAUCCCCGGGGGCCGCACUCCCGGGCCCGGGCUCCUCCGCCGGGACCGCGGCCGGUGGGUCCGGAUCUGGCCCCAACGCCGCCUCCACCACCUAUGGCCCCCAGAUCUCCUCGCUGCUGUACCACCUCCCCCGCGAGGAGUACAUCUUCUCGGAGCCCAAUUCCCCCAGCAACAUCAUCUGGUCGAAUGAGCCGUAUUCGCGCGAGGAGCUGCCCCCGAUUCGAGGGGCCACCCUGACCAAGCUGGUGGAGUUCAUCACCCCGGAUGUCUACACACAGAACAACAGCAUCUUCCAGUUCCUGCUGACAUACCGGACCUUUGCCUCGCCGUCGCAGCUGCUUGAGUUGCUGGUGGCCCGGUAUGACAUCCCCAAGCUUCCGCCCGAUGUGUCCAUCGACGUGGCACAGUUCAAUAAAGACAGCGAUUCCGUGCGCGCGCGCGUUAUCAACGUUCUCAAGACCUGGGUGGAGAAGUUCUUCUUCGACUUCCAGCACAACGACCAGUCGCUCAUUCAGGACCUGCUGCGCUUCUGUGACACCAUUAGCACCCGCGACUCGGCCCAUGCAGAGCGCAUGCGCAAGCUCAUCACCCGCAAGUCGACCGAGCAUCCGCCCACCACCAUCCUGACGCAGCUGGCUCGAGGGGAGCUUCCUCCCCUGGCAGACGGGGUGGUUCCCGGACAGGCGUGGAACCCGCUGCUCUUCGACCAUAUGGAGGUGGCCCGUCAGAUGACGCGCAUCGAGUUCGAGACAUACCGCGCAAUCCUCACGUCGGAACUGAGCAACCAGGCCUGGACGCGUGGCACGCGCGAUGAUAAGCUGCUCAACUCACCCAACAUUGUGGCCUUGAUCGAGCGCUUCAACAUGGUCUCUUCAUGGGUGGCGACGACGAUCGUCUUCGAAGAGGACCUUUCCAAGCGCCGCGAUCUGUAUAUCUUCUUCAUCCGCCUGGCCAAGGCCUUUUACCACCUGAACAAUUUCAACGGCGUGAUGGAGGUGAUUUCCGGCAUUUCCUCGGCCUCGGUCUUCCGUCUGUACCGGACUCGGAGCCUGAUCGGCCGGCAGGCCAUGGCCGAAUUCGUGGACCUGAGCAAUCUCAUCAGCACCGAGUGCAAUUCGCUGGCCAUGCGCAACUGGCUGAAGCAGGUCCAGCCGCCGGUUCUCCCGUACCUGGGCAUGUACUUGACGGACUUGAUGUUCACCGACUCCGGCAACCCGGACUUCCUGCCCGGCACGCGGUUGAUCAACUACCACAAGUGCCGUCUGGUGUCGGCCGUCAUUCAGGAUGUCCAGCAGUACCAGCAGACCCCCUACAAUUUGCCGGCCGUGGAGCCCCUCGCCUCGCUGGUGCUCAAUCUACACACCCGGUCGGAGGACGACUGCUACAAGCAGUCGCUCAAGAUCGAGCCGCGGUCCGAGAGCCCGAGUCGCGGCCGGGGCGACCGGUCUCCGAUGGAGGAAUUCUUCCUGCUGGAUGACCCGGCCAAUCCCUUCCUGGAGAAUGACAUGUCCGAUGUGAACAUCCGCUUGGGUGGAUUCGAUUUCUUCCGCAAGCGGCCCAUUCUUCAGGCAGCCAGCGUCGCCAAGCUCGUGGAGUACCUGACACACGACGGGUAUGCCGACACUGGCCAGCUCCAAGUCUUCCUCCUGACGUAUCGGAUGUUUGUCUGCCCCCGGCAGCUGUUGUCCCUGCUGGCCAUUCGGUUCACGGCCCCCAAGCAGCGGGCCGGCGUGUCAGACCUCACCAUCCAAUCCUUCACCAACACCUACCUCAUCCCCAUCCAACUGCGGGUCAUCAUGUUCCUCCGUGCCUGGAUUACAAAGUACUUCAAUGACUUUGCUCGUGAUCCGGCUCUGUUGGCUCAGCUGUCGCAGGCCUUCAUGACCUAUGAUGCGCAGCGUGACCCGCUCCUCCUGCCGCCGAUCAAGCGCGCCCUUUCACAGCUCCGCAUUGCCUUCCGCCGGCGUCUUCAGGAAGUCCUGGACGGCCGCACCGACUUCUCGGUCAACCGCCGGGAGACCCCGCGUGCCCGGCCUACCAGCACCAUCCCCCGAGCGUAUCCGCAUCUGAAUGCCUUCUGCCCGGAGCGCUUUUCCCUGAAGAACAUGCCCGAGCCCCAGGACCUGGCCUUCCAGUUUGCCUCCCUACAUGAGGCCAUGUUCUUGGAUGUGGACUUCUCGAACCUGAUUAAGCUUCGUGCUACCCCCGGCAGCGUGUCUGACGCGCCCGCGGUGAAGAGCCCCCCAUCGACCGGCUCGGCCAGUGACUUCUCCUCUUCCUAUGGUGAGUUGUUCACUGAACCGAUGCUCCGCCUGCACGUGCACUCGGAGCGCAUCUACGCCUGGGCCGUGGAUCGGAUCAUGACGGCGCCGGACCUGGCCUCGCGCAUUGACCAGCUGUCGUACUUGAUCGAUGUGGCUGAGCAGUCGCGCCGGCUGCACGACUACGCCACCAUGUGUCCCCUGGUGGCGGCUUUCCGCAGUGUGCACGUGCGGUCUCUUCGCCGACUGUGGCAAAACUACCCGUACAAGGACCGCAUGGUUGUCCUGCAGGAGUUGACUCGUCUCUUCUCCAACCGCGAGGGCGAGCAACAAUUUGUCUAUAUGCAGGCUAUCCGUCGGUCGCCCCUGGCAGCCACAGUUCCCUUCAUGCAGCCCUUCCUGGAUGGGAUCGCCGCCUGCCUCUCGAGCGGUAUCUAUGUCAGUGACAAGAAGCUGGUGGACUUCGACAAGUGCCGGCAUGUGGCCGACAUCAUCCAGGACUUGAUGAGCUUCCGCCGGAACACCUGCUACACGGUCGCCCGCAACUCCGACAUCCAGGACUAUAUCCUCCAACUGCCGGUGGAUGCGGAGCUGCUGGCAGCUCUAACUACGCAGCCGGUCCGCUCGGAGACCAUCGCCUUCUUCGCCAACCGGGCCAACGAUCUGGAUGAGCACACGAUGAAGGCCUACCAUGAGCGCAUCCUCUCGGAGUCGGUCGACGCCCAGGGGUUCAUCUCGAUGCCGAAGAAGCCGGCCGGCGAGCCCGCUCCCAUGGCCGGCUCUGCGGCCCCGAUCCACGGCUCGAAGCCCGGGCGUGAGUGCAUCUGCUCGGCCGAUCCCCAUGGGUCCGGGGUGCCCUUCCUGGCGGCGCGCCUGCUUGCGCAGAAGCCCACGGACGAGGUGAAGCUACUGGCCUCGCGACAGCUCCUGGCGCAGGAGCCCUUCCGGCAGCAGGUGUUCGAUGCGUCGGUGCGCACGGUGCUUGCCACAUUGGAUGGCAGCAUCAAGGGUGACGGAACGCCGGAGGCCUCGGUGGCCGUGGCUGCUCGAGCCCCGGUCUCGCAGCUGGUGGCCGCCGGACCGCUGUCCUUGGCCGACCCGGGUGCCGCUCGGGAAGCGGCCGCCUCCCUCCCCCUGCUAGACUCCGGCGCGGGAUCCUUUGUCACCGGGAAUGAAGUGGUGGCUCGGGUGCCUUCGGUAGGUGGCAUGGUCUUGGACAAGGUCUUGACCGAUGGCCUGGCGUCAGAUGUCCUCCGGAGCGCGCUUCCAGAUGGGGCGUGUUGA